UGUCUCACUUUUCUCCUACCCAUGUUUGAUUUUCUAUGACAUUAUUAACAACACACCAAAUCAUUUCUCCCCCUCUCUAGCUAGCUAUCUCUCAAUCCAUGGCUCUUCCAAUCCUCUUCCUACUCUUCCUCGCCAUUCCCUUCUCCGAAUCCAAGCUCUCCAUAGACUACUACAAAAAAACAUGCCCCGACUUCGAGAGCAUUGUCCGUGACACCGUGACUUCAAAACAAAUCGCCAAUCCCACCACCGCGGCAGGCACUCUCCGCCUCUUCUUCCACGACUGCAUGGUUGAAGGCUGCGACGCUUCCAUCCUCAUCUCCUCCAACUACGUUAACACUGCAGAGCGUGACGCCGACAUCAACCAAUCCCUCUCGGCAGACGCCUUUGACCUCGUGGCACGUGCCAAGACCGCCCUCGAGCUCGCCUGCCCCGGCAUUGUCUCCUGCUCCGAUAUACUCGCCUUAGCCACCCGCAACCUCGUCACGAUGGUCGGCGGUCCGUUCUACAAAGUCCGCUUGGGACGGAAAGACGGACAGGUUUCCAAAUCUUCACUAGUGGAAGGAAAUCUCCCAAGAAGCAACCAAACCCUAGACGACAUGAUCAAAUUCUUCGCUACAAAAGGCUUCACACUCCAAGAAAUGGUGGCUUUAUCCGGUGCACACACAAUUGGAUUCUCUCACUGCAAAGAAUUCACCGACCGGAUUUUCAAUUACAACAAAACUACACCAACAGAUCCUGACAUGUACCCAAACUAUGCUCAAGGGCUCAAGAAAAUUUGUGCAGACUACAAAACGAACAUCGCCAUGUCCGCUUUCAACGAUGUGAUUACGCCCGGCAAGUUCGAUAACAUGUAUUAUCAGAAUCUGAAGAGAGGGCUGGGGUUGUUGGCUACGGAUCAUGCACUUGUUAAGGACCCGAGGACGAGACCUUUUGUGGAGUUGUACUCGACGGACCAGGCUGCCUUUUUCAAAGCUUUUUCUCAUGCUAUGGAGAAGCUUAGCCAUCAUGGAAUUAAGACUGGACGUAAAGGUGAGGUCAGGCACAGGUGUGAUGCGUUUAACUCGAUUAACGCUUAAUGUUGAAGAAAAACAUUAUCGUCACGAGAUGUCAUUAGCCACGGAUUAAAUUCACCGGAGAGUAAAAGUGAGGGAAUAAUUUUUUUUUUUUAUUCAAUUUGUCAUAUUAUAUAAAUUUUUAUGUAUCAUGGUGAUGAUAAUGAAGAUAUAUGGAUGAUUAUAUCAUAUUUGGGAGUUUGUCAUAUUUUCUAGGGAAAAUUUACAAAAAGUUCAAAAAAAUUUAGUUUUAAUG